AUGUCGGUAGGAAAUCGUAUGGUACCCAGUCUAAACAGAAUAAGACCAGAACACCUGAAGAACCUCCCGCCAGUAUUCAUCAACACUCUGGCGAGGCUCUUCACACGAUAUCUGUCGGAAUGCAAGAUUCCUAAACAGUGGAAGACCAGCGAGGCCGUGUGGUUGAAUAAGAAAGGAGAUCCACAUGACAUCGGCAACUAUAGCCUAAUCGUAUUGAUUUUUAUCGCAAACAUCGACUCUUUCGAACGGCUUACGACUCGAAUUGGACGUCUGCGGAUGAGAAGAUGUGGUCCAACACCAGCUUUGACUAUCUUCGUCGCUUACGCUCCAACAUCAAGCCACGAAGAAGAAGAAGUAGAAGCUUUCUAUAUGGACCUGGAGAAGUUCUACCGAGAAGAUCAUGCCUUCUACAAGGACAUAAAUGGCGAUUUCAACGCCAAAGUUGGCCCAAGAUGA